AUGAUUCUUUGUAUUCUUGUAUGUUUUAUACAAUUUGUAUUUAUUUUUCAACUUUUUUCUAAUACAUCAUCAAUUGAGAAAUCUAUUUUAUUACCUUCAUUUUAUAAUUCAAAUACAAUAUUAAAUUGUACAAAAAAAUUAAUAUGUCCACGUAAUAUUACACAUUUUUCUAUUCAUAUUGAUAAAAAUAUUCAAUAUCCGAAUGUAUCUUAUAUACGUUCACCAAUUUUUUUAACUAUACUUGAUAUUAUUCGAAAUUCAUCUUAUUAUACAAAUAAUUCAAGUUUAGCUUGUGUACAUAUAGCGCCUGUUGAUACAAUUGAUCGAGAUCGUCGAUCAAAAAAUGGUUAUUAUACAUAUUUUAUUGAACAACAUUUAAAAUUUUUUCAUGAAUGGUCAGAUCCAAAUAAAAUUCAUUUGAUAUUUAAUCAUUAUACAGGAACUUGGCCAUCUUAUCAACGUACACUAGAUUUUAAUUUACCAUCAAAAUAUAUUCUUGCUUCAACUAGUUUUACUUAUACAAAUUAUAAUUGUUCAUCACAUAUAACAUUUCCAUUAUUUCAUACUAAUUAUUCAUCAAAUUUGACAAAAAAUUUUUCUUUUAAAUCACGUAAAAUUCUUCUUUCAUUUAAAGGUAAAAGUUAUGAAGAUGUUCAACAUCAUCGUACAUUUUUUCAUCAUCUAAAUAAUAAUUAUGAUAUAAUUAUAAAAUAUACUAAUAAUAAUAAUUCAUAUGAUCAAUAUGAAUAUAUAGAACUUUUUCAACAAUCAUAUUUUUGUCUUGUACCAAGUGGACGUCGUUUAUAUACAUAUCGUUUUCUUGAAUCAUUACAAUAUGGUUGUAUACCUGUUAUAACAACAAAUAAUAAUGAAUUAUUAAUACUUCCGUUUAGUGAAAUAAUUAAUUGGUCUAAUAUAAUUAUUAUUUAUUUAAAUUCAUCAUUAAGUAUAUUACCAUAUUAUUUAAAAAAUAUUAAUAUAAAACAACGAAUAAAAAUGCAACAAGAAUGUUAUAAUAUAUGGAUAAAAUAUUUUUCAUCAAUAUCAAGAAUUAUUUUAACUUUACUUGAUAUAUUAAAUGAUCGUUUUAUCUCAUCUUCGUCUUUUUAA